GCGAAACUGACCUCUUCCAUUUCCAUAUGUUUCGGUGCCCGAUAAAUCAAACAGGACGAGGACGGACCCCAUCCGCUCAUAAUGGUUGCCCUGUCCACAGCAAUAAUCCUCACCCACCCCCGCAAGUGAAUACAAAUACUUGAAAACCGAUUGAGAGCAUAUGAGCGGCAGGCAAAGAGAACCAUAAAAUUAGGGGAAUACAAAUACCGUACGCAGCUCAGUGAUAUGCAGCAGUCCCACGGGAGAUCAGAGGCAAGGCAGGUCUGCCUCGAGGCCUGUUGCCCAACGCCUCUCCUUGGGCUGCCCGAUCCCCGUAGCUUGGCCUCGAGACCGCAGAGCUCCUCGUCGGUUUCCCGGAGGAACUUCGCGUCCACGGCCACUUCCUCCAUCUUCCCCAACACCCAGUUCACGAACCACGAGUCCCUCCCCUCCCUCCAACAAGCCUUCUCCGAGUUCAUCGCUGUCUACUCACAGUAUCCCGAGACCGACCGGAUCGAUCAGAUUCGAGCCCGAGACUACUUCCACCUCUCACUUUGUAACUACACCUGCCUCGACUAUAUUGGCAUAGGUCUCUUUUCCUACUCCCAGCUCCAUAACAGCGACAGCUCAAGCUCCCCGAGGCCGAGAGAUGACGAAGCUGGGUCCACGUCUUCCCAUGUGCCGAGAUCGGAUUUCCCCUUCUUUAGUAUAUCUUACAAGACCGGGAGCCUGCAGACGCAGCUGCUCCACGGUGGGCAAGAAUCGGAAUUGGAAUCCUUGAUGAAGAAGAGGAUAAUGAGAUUCCUUAACAUCUCCGAGACCGACUAUAGCAUGGUUCUCACUGCAAACAGGACCUCCGCCUUCAAGCUCGUGGCCGAAUCCUACCCUUUCCAGUCGAGCAGGAAGCUCCUCACUGUCUAUGACUACGAGAGCGAGGCAGUAGAAGCAAUGAUCAACAGCUCCGAGAAGAGAGGGGCCCAUGUGAUGACGGCAGAGUUCGUCUGGCCGAGGCUGAGGAUCCACACUUCAAAGCUGAAGAACAUGGUGGUCCGGAUGAAGAAGAAGAAGAGGGACAAGAGGGGACUCUUUGUGUUCCCUGUCCACUCGAGAGUGACUGGAGCUAGGUACCCUUAUCUGUGGAUGAAUAUGGCUCAGGAGAAUGGGUGGCACGUCCUACUCGAUGCGUGUGCAUUGGGUCCGAAGGACAUGGACAGCUUUGGCCUGUCCCUCAUUCGGCCCGACUUUGUUGUAAGCUCCUUCUACAAGGUUUUCGGCGAAAACCCGUCGGGAUUCGGGUGCCUGUUCGUGAAGAAAUCAGCCAUUCCAAUCCUCGAGACCUCGACAAGCCUCGGGAUUGUGAGUCUCAUCCCGGCAGUUGGGAAGAAGCUGCUCCAGCUUCCCGGUGAAUCGUCAGAUGACAUCUCCAAUUCCAGCUCUUUCUCGGGCCCGAUACCAAUGCUGAUGGAUUCUGGGAACUCCAAAUCACAUGAAGUGGCCAUAGAGCACGAGAGACCAGAAAACUCUGCGGCAAAGAUGGCACAAGAAACCGAUGAGAUCACAAAAGGCAGAACAAAAGGGAAAACAGAGAUCAAAUGUGAUGGCCUCGAUCAUGUGGACUCGUUGGGAAUGAUACUGAUCGGGAACAGGGGAAGGUGCCUGAUCAACUGGCUGGUGAAUGCCCUGAUGAAGCUCGAGCACCCCAACAGGGAAGGGGCGCGUCUCAUCAGGAUAUACGGGCCAAAGAUAAAGUUCGACCGCGGGCCUGCAUUAGCUUUCAAUGUGUUUGACUGGAAAGGAGAGAAGAUUGAGCCUCCUCUUGUGCAGAAACUCGCCGAUAGGAGCAACAUCUCCCUCAGCUAUGGGUUCUUGCACCACAUAUGGUUCUCCGAUAAGUACGACGAGGAGAAGGCCAAAGUCUUGGAGAAACGAUCAAAGGGGACAGGAACUGGCAUCAGGAAGGAGAAAGCUGAUCAAGUGGUAAUGGUGGUCACGCUUGCUCUGAGUUUCCUGACCAACUUUGAGGAUGUGUACAAGCUCUGGGCGUUUGUUGCUCAAUUUCUGGAUGCGGACUUUGUGGAGAAGGAGAGGUGGAGAUACACAGCUCUGAACCAGAAGAUGAUGGAAGUUUAGCAACAAAUAUCCGACUCGCCUUUUUUCCUUUUCAGCUGUUACUCAAUCAAUGGGUUCCAUUCCAUAAAAAUUGGAAUGGGAUGCGACUCAAUAUUAUUCACAUGCCGCAACUACCCGACGAAUGAAAGGUUCACGUAAACAAAUGCAUUCUUUCUGAUAAAUUGUCCA